UUGGGGUGUCCUUCCGGCGGAAGUUACGUAAUGAGGGUACAUCCCCUGGAGGAAGUUCUUUUGUUUACAUCAUUCAUUCAUUCAUGGAGAGGUGGAGGAUGGACGUGUGUAGGGUACGAGGGACAAGGACCAAAUGACCAAACAAUGGGCCACCCGGCAUGUAUGUUGAAUGUGUGUGUUACCGACCAAUGAGAAUGCGAGGAUUUUUUUAGAAAGGAAGUGACCCAAAGUUGGUACUUGUUUGUGAUUGGACGAGAGAAAAUGGUGAACCUAUGGGCAAGUAUCAUAUGACAUCUAACUGUCGUUGAGUCAACAUCGCUUUGUUUUUGUUGUAAUACUGGCCAGAUUCUAUAAUGUACCAUGAUUUCUACAUGUGAUUUAAUGCACAAGCUUCGGGCAUGUACAUGCCUGGAAGAAGUAUCGAGUUUUCGUGAGGAAUAUUAUGAAGACCUUGAACCAGAACAACAUGCUUUGGUAUUUGCAAGGUCAUCCUACUUUUUGAGUUUGCAGGACUUGGAAGAUGGGAUUACCGAUGAUGAUUUAGUGGAUGUGUUCGUCGAGAACCAACAGCCCCCUCUCCCCCUAGCAACGCAGCACCAGCAAGGUCUUCCACAUGACGCAGCUACUCCAUGGCAACCAAAUUUUGAUGACGGCAUUUCCGAUGACCAUUUAAUGGAGAUGGACAUCAAUACAAAUAAGCCAUGUGACGCAACAUCAGUACCUGGCCCCUCUAACCGCCAACCAGCAGCAACAGCAGUGGCUGGACCCUCCCGCCAUUCAGCAUCAGCAGUGGCCGGACCCUCCCGACAACCACCAGCAGUGGCUGGACCUUCCCGUCAACCAAGAGCAGUGGCCGGACCCUCCCGACAACCACCUUCAGUAGCCGGACCCUCCCACAGUCAACCAAGAGCAUCAGCAGUGGCCGGACCCUCCCGACAACCACCAGCAGUGGCUGGACCUUCCCGUCAACCAAGAGCAGUGGCCGGACCCUCCCGACAACCACCAUCAGUAGCCGGACCCUCCCACAGUCAACCAAGAGCAGCAGCAGUAGCCGGACCCUCGUCUUUUCAUGUUGGGGGAUCUAAGAAACGUGUUGUAGAUGCACCGCCUGCAAGAGAACCCAAUCUCCCUACUCAUCACGUGACCAAAGUGAGUCAAAAACAUGUACGCAAAUACAAUGCUAAUGUAACUGAUUACACCGUUUCUUUCCAACCCAUAGAAAAUAACGGUCCCAUGAUAGAAAUGAUGCCACGCGUAAAUGAGAUGUUUGAAAAUAUCAUUGAAGAGAUGGUUGAGGGGGUAAAUGAUAGAGAUUUUGUUAGGAUUGUUUUCAAUUCCCCACAAUUAGAUAGACCCAUUAGUAUGCCAUUUGUAAGGAGGGAUCAAAUGAAUCACGAAGCAUUUGCAACCAAACUUGAGAAUACUAUUCAAUCGAAUGAUAAGGUAAGCUUGGACGAAACAGUCUCUUUCAACAUAUUACACAUGGCUAUGCCAAAUGGUGGUGGUUCCAAUGUGAAGUGCUUAACCAUCGAAGAGACAUUGUCCAGAAAAAGAUGCAUCAUCAGGAUGAAGAAUAAAGAUAACAUGUGUUGUCCAAGGGCUAUCGUAACUGGCAUUGCCCGGAUUGAAAAACACCCUAAUUUUGAGUCGAUCAAACGUGGUUACAAACAGCAAAGGGAAUAUGCCAUUGAGCUGUAUAAACAGGCCAAACUUCCAGAAAAUACCAAAUGUGGCAUCGAAGAGAUUAAACUCUUCGAAAAGACGGAAUUCAUGGCCGGUUUCAGGGUGGUGGUUGUUUCAAAAGAGCACUUAAACUUCAUUACGUAUGCUGGCCCCGAAGACAGGCAGCAUACCAUUUAUCUGUAUGUUCAUGACAAUCACUUUGAUCUCAUUACAUCAAUGGCCGCCUUCUACAACAAGUCAUAUUUUUGCCACGAGUGUUUGGUAGGAUACGACAAGAAACUCAGACACGACUGCAUUUUCCGCUGCAAACUUUGCAAGGGAGAUGACUGCCCCGCCUCCAAUGACCCCGAUUCCUACAAAUGCAUUAGCACCUGACUUGAUGUACAAAGAGCAUUAGCGCCUUUACACCUUCUUAUUUUGUUUUCUUUAAACAAAAAAACUUUUUUAUCAUUACGUUUUUUCU